AUUCACAGGUGAGUCACACCCUGAAACACAGGCUCUCUUCCUGUCAGGACUGAGUCAGGUAGAAGAGUCGAUAAAACCACCUGAUCCGGGAGAAGGAAGGCACAGCGGGGCGCAGAGGGAGACCCACCUGCCACGGGAGCCGGCAGCGAGCCCUGCAGCGGAGCACGGCGCGGCCCCCCCGGCCCAGCCCUCCCGGCCCAGCCAUGCGCGCGCUCUGGCUCGGCUGCUGCCUCUGCUUCUCGCUCCUGCUGCCUGCAGCCCGGGCCACCUCCAGGAGGGAAGUCUGUGACUGCAACGGGAAGUCCAGGCAAUGCAUCUUUGAUCAGGAACUCCACAGACAGACAGGUGAUGGAUUUCGCUGCCUCAACUGCCACGACAACACUGCCGGCACUCGCUGCGAGCGGUGCAAGGAAGGCUUUUACCGGCACAGAGAGAGAGAUCGCUGCUUGCCCUGCAAUUGCAACUCCAAAGGUUCUCUUAGUGCUCGAUGUGACAACUCUGGACGGUGCAGCUGUAAACCGGGUGUGACAGGAGACAGAUGCGACCGGUGUCUGCCAGGCUUCCACACGCUCACGGACGCAGGGUGCGCCCAGGACCAGAGACUACUAGACUCCAAAUGUGACUGUGACUCAGCUGGCAUUGCAGGGCCCUGUGACACAGGACGCUGUGUCUGCAAGCCAGCUGUCAUCGGAGAACGCUGUGAUAGGUGUCGACCAGGUUACUAUCAUCUGGAUGGGGGAAACCCUGAGGGCUGUACCCAGUGUUUCUGCUACGGGCAUUCAGCCAGUUGCCACAGCUCUGCAGACUACAGCGUCCAUAAGAUCACCUCCUCUUUCCAGCAAGAUGUUGAUGGCUGGAAGGCUGUCCAAAGAAAUGGGUCUCCUGCAAAGCUCCAGUGGUCACAGCGCCAUCGAGACGUGUUUAGUUCAGCCCGACGAUCGGACCCUGUCUAUUUUGUGGCUCCUGCCAAAUUUCUUGGGAAUCAACAGGUGAGCUAUGGGCAAAGCCUGUCUUUUGACUACCGUGUGGACAGAGGAGGCAGGCACCCAUCUGCCCACGAUGUGAUCCUGGAAGGCGCUGGUCUUCGGAUCACAGCUCCUUUGAUGCCGCUUGGCAAGACACUCCCCUGUGGGAUCACCAAGACAUACACAUUCAGGUUAAAUGAACAACCAAGCAGUAAUUGGAGCCCCCAAUUGAGUUAUUUUGAAUAUCGAAGGUUACUGCGGAACCUCACAGCCCUCCGGAUCCGAGCAACAUAUGGAGAAUACAGUACUGGGUACAUUGACAAUGUGACCCUGAUUUCAGCCCGCCCCGUCUCUGGAGCCCCAGCACCCUGGGUUGAACAAUGCGUGUGUCCAGCUGGAUACAAGGGGCAGUUCUGCCAGGAUUGUGCUUCCGGCUACAAAAGAGAUUCCGCCAGACUGGGGCCUUUUGGCACCUGUAUUCCAUGUAACUGCCAAGGGGGAGGGAUCUGUGACCCAGACACAGGAGACUGUUACUCGGGGGACGAGAAUCCUGACAUUGAGUGUGCCGACUGCCCUAUUGGCUUCUACAAUGAUCCUCAUGACCCCCGCAGCUGCAAGCCAUGCCCCUGUCAUAAUGGAUUCAGCUGCUCGGUGAUGCCCGAGACAGAAGAGGUGGUGUGCAAUAACUGCCCCCCCGGGGUCACUGGUGCCCGCUGUGAGCUUUGUGCCGAUGGCUACUUCGGAGACCCCUUUGGGGAGCGAGGCCCAGUGAGGCCUUGUCAGCCCUGUCAGUGCAACAACAAUGUGGACCCCAAUGCCUCUGGGAACUGUGACCGGCUGACGGGCAGGUGUUUGAAGUGUAUCCACAACACCGCCGGCAUCUACUGCGACCAGUGCAAAGCAGGUUACUUCGGGGAUCCGUUGGCGACCAACCCAGCAGACAAGUGUCGAGCUUGCAACUGCAACCCCACGGGCUCGGAGCCUGGAGAGUGUCGAAGUGAUGGCAGCUGUGUAUGCAAGCCAGGAUUUGGUGGCCCCAACUGUGAGCACGCAGCAUUAACCAGUUGCCCCGCUUGCUAUAAUCAAGUGAAGAUUCAGAUGGAUCAGUUUGUGCAGCAGCUUCAGAGCCUGGAAGCCCUGAUUGCGAAGGCUCCGGCUGGUGGAGGAGCCAUACCCAAUGCAGAGCUGGAAGGCAGGAUGCAGCAGGCUGAGCAAGCCCUUCAGGACAUUCUGAAAGAAGCCCAGAUUUCAGAAGGUGCUAGUAGGUCCCUCGGUCUCCAGUUGGCCAAGGUGCGGGGCCAGGAGAACAGCUACCGGCAACGUCUGGAUGACCUCGGGAGGACCGUGGAAAGGCUCCAGGCCCUGGGAAGUCAGCAUCAGAACCGAGUUCAGGAUACUCACAGGCUGGUCACUCAGAUGCGGCUGAGCCUGGCGGAGAGCGAAACUUCCCUGCGGAACGCAAAUAUUCCUCCCUCAGAGCACUACAUGGGACCAAAUGGCUUUACAAGUCUGGCUCAGGAGGCCAUGAGAUUGGCAGACAGCCAUGUUGAGUCAGCCAGUAACAUGGAGCAACUGGCAAGGGAAACCGAGGACUACUCCACACAGGCGCUGUCCCUGGCGCGCAAGGCUCUGGGCGAGGGAGGCGGAAGCGGCAGCCUGGAUGGUGCUGUGGUGCAAGGACUUAGGGGAAAAUUGGAGAAAACCAAGUCCCUGGCCCAGCAAUUAUCAAGGCAGGCCAUUCAGACUGACAUUGAAGCAGAUAGGUCUUAUCAGCAUAGUCUCCGCCUCCUGAAUUCUAUGUCUCAACUUCAGGGAGUCAACGAUGUGGCCUUUCAGGUGAGGGCAGAAGUAAAGAGGAUCAAAGAAAAAGCUGAUUCUCUCUCAAGCCUGGUGACCAGGCACAUGGAUGAUUUCAAGCAUGUGCAAAGCAACCGGGGAAACUGGGAAGAAGAGGCCCAGCAGCUCUUACAGAAUGGAAAGAACGGGAGACAGAAAUCAGAUCAGUUGCUUUCCCGUGCCAAUCUUGCUAAAAGCAGAGCACAAGAAGCACUAAGUAUGGGCAAUGCCACUUUUUAUGAAGUUGAGAACAUCCUCAAGAACCUCAGAGAGUUUGACCUGCAGGUUGAAGACAGAAAAGCAGAAGCGGAAGAAGCCAUGAAGAGACUCUCUUCCAUCAGCCAGAAGGUUGCAGGUGCCAGUGACAAGACCCAGCAGGCAGACACAGCCCUGGGGAGCGCUGCUGCUGAUGCUCAGCGGGCCAAGAAUGCGGCCCGGGAGGCCCUGGAGAUUUCCGGUGCCAUCGAGCAGGAGAUAGGGAGUCUGAACUUGGAAGCCAAUGUGACAGCAGAUGGAGCCUUGGCCAUGGAAAAGGGACUGGCCACUCUAAAGAGUGAGAUGAGGGACGUGGAGGGAGAAUUGGCAAGGAAGGAGCAGAAGUUUGACACAGAUCUGGAUGCAGUGCAGAUGGUGAUUACAGAAGCCCAGAGGGUUGAUACCAGAGCCAAGAAUGCUGGAGUUACAAUCCAAGAUACACUCAACACAUUGGACAGCAUCCUACACCUAAUGGACCAGCCUGGCAGUGUGGAUGAAGAGGGGCUGACCUUAUUGGAGCAGAAACUUUUCCGAGCCAAGACCCAGAUCAAUAGCCAACUGCGGCCCUUGAUGUCAGAGCUGGAAGAGAGGGCACGUCGGCAGAGGGGCCACCUCCAUUUGCUGGAGACGAACAUAGAUGGGAUUCUGGCUGAUGUGAAGAACCUGGAGAACAUCAGGGACAACCUGCCCCCAGGCUGCUACAAUACCCAGGCUUUGGAACAACAGUGAAGCUGCCAUGGAGACUUCUCAACUGUGGUUCUUGGGACACAGACCUCAGGGCUCGGGUACCAUCUCAUGUGGGUGGGUGGGAUGAAGACAUUUGAAUAUGUUGAACAGGUGUGCUCAGGUCAACUGAAUCUGACCCUGUCCCUGAGAUUGUGGCCAGGUUGGUGUCUUUUCACACCAGGAUGACUCUACUUGCUUUCUGGUGCUGGGCAAUGAGACAGAUGGCACUGGGUGUGAAACUGACCAAGCACCUGGACCCCAAAAGGAGGCUGUUUAGAAGGACUACCUGCACGGGCAGAUGUUUGGCUCGGAAUAAUCAUAAACGAAGUGCUGGAAUGUGGACAAGGGCUGUUGGGCUAUAGUCAACUUAUUCUUCGAGUAAUGUGACUAAAGGAAAACUUUUUUACUGUGCCCAGGCAUAAAAUUCUUCCUAAUGCCAGAACAGAGAGUGAAAUCCAGUGACACUGUGGCCAGUAAAAUACUGUUGCCUC